UCUGAAGAAAGAAAUAAAAUUUUCUAAUUUAGGAAGUAGUGGUCCUAGUACCAGGCUUGGCAGCCAAAACAACAGCCGGGGGUCACCAGCCAGAAAACCAACACAAGCAGGCCUCUGCCCUGGAAACCCAGCACUGCUUGAUUUAAAACAAAGAAACGCGGCAUCAAGAUCUUUGAGUAUGCGUGAUCAAACUGCGCAUAUGCGCGAGAAAUAUCAGAGCGAUCCCUCCAAGCUAAAUCAACGACGACUUUCAACAAAAACUCCAAUUCCUAUAAUCACAAAGAGUGGAUCCAGGAACAACAGUUUACCUUCAGAAGAAGUGGAAGUCACCAGACAGUUCCUUGCUACUAGCAGUAAAGUAGUAAACAGGGGAGACUCGUUUAAGCGUAAAACCCAGUAUACAAGAAAAAAGAAGGAUACAACUGAAGAUUCAGCACGAGAAAUACCCCGCGUUGAGCCAACAAGUCUUCCAGAGCAUGUCUACAGAGUUGCUUUUCUGGGUUGUUCUCAGGUUGGAAAAUCGUCUAUAAUAGAACAGUUUAUGAGCUCGGAUCACGCUGAUGUGUAUGAGAGAAGUGGGGGCUUAGAACCUCAAGAUUCAGAUAUGGAUAUAAGAAGAGUAAGUGUUGAUGUUAAUGGAGAAGAGAGUAGACUAGAUUUAAUAGAGGCAGCUGUAGAGGAUUUAACAGUAAAGGAGGUUGUAGAGGAUCAAAAUCCAGAUUGCUUUGUUAUUGUUUAUGCUGUAGACGAUAAAGAUAGUCUUAAGUAUGCUGACAGCUGUCUGGACUGGCUUUCUAAGUAUGGUUCGCUGCUAGAGAAGCCCUGUAUACUAGUUGGGAACAAAUCUGAUCUAGCGAGAUCACGUGUUAUUGAGCCAACAGAGGGAUGUGAUCUAGCGGUCAAAUACCAGGUAAAGUUUACUGAGAGCUCCCCUGGAUGCGGGCAUAUGGUGGAUGAACUACUAGUCGGGAUUGUACUUCAGCUUAGAUUGUACGAGAAUAAAGAACCAAAAACCCAUCACAGAACAAUUAAGGAAACAGUGAGAGGACUACUCAGUCUCGUCACAGGGAAAGAGGAGGAGAGGAGGAAGCAGUGUAGAAACCUAAACGUUUAAUUCAAGAUUGAAAAUAUAUAUUUAGAGAGAAA